AUGGCAUGUCUGCAAAUGCUCUCUCCGCAAUCUCUCCAUGCCCUCUGCACCACCGCCAUUGAAUCCUCUGUCUUGCCCGUGGACACUCUUGCCGCCCUCGUGUCGUCGACACCGUACAAGCUCGUGGCCGAGAGUUCUUUGGCAUUUUUGAGCCUUUGCCCCCAAACUCCUCCAGCGCUUGCCAACCUAUUGGCGUUGAACCGAAAAGAGAAGGAAAAUGGCUGA